UUAUAUAAAUGGUGAUAAAAAAGGUUGAAAAUGCAAUGUCUAAUGAACCAUGCUAAGGUCAAAAAACGAUUAAGUUGUAAAUAUCUGCUGAAUAUUGUAUUUUCCACUAUUUUAACAUCACUCCUAUAAUCUACAAUCCAAAAAUAAAGGGGAUACACAAUACCUCUAUUCUUGUUGCAAAAAUUUCUCAAAAAGAGAGCUCAAAAUUUCUCGAAGAAUGAGGAAAUGGUGAUAAUAUCAUUGAUGAGUAAAAAUAAAGAUGUAAUAGAGCAUUCGAUCUGAUUGAUAAACAACUACAAGAAAUAAUGGGACCACAAUUAGAAGGUUUGACAAACAAUUAUGAUGAUGACUGUAGUGACCAAGAAGCGGUUACUGAACAUGUUCCUGAUGCAAAUAACUGUGAUGACAGUGAAGUGGUCUUCAAUAAUGGGAAAUGGAGCUCCUAUACUCCCCAACAACUGAAGAGGCCCAAAACUACAAAGCUAUCAUGUACGAAAACGGUACAAAAUAAAAAAUAUAUUUCUGUUAACUAUCUACUAAUGGAGGAAAAGCUGAAUUUUUUGAAACUACAAAAAGAAAAAUUCAUCGAAGAACACAAUAAAAAAAUGGAAAUAUAUUAAAAAAAAGGUUCAGCUGUUAGAUUUACAGAUCAAUGCAUUGGAUAAGUAGAAAACAAAGGAUUUAUUUUGUUAAUUUCUGGAAUAUUUUCACUUUCA